AAAUCUCCCUUAACUGUUAUGCCAACUAAAACACCAGAUGGUGACCAACAUUUUCUCUUGUAUUUAAUCGCUGGUAUCUACUUUGGGCCUGACCUCAAAGGUGAAAGGCCAUUGAAGUCAGUUCUGCAGAGGCUUGCUGCGGCAUUGCCUCCCUAUACUUCUGAUCAACUUGCUGGAUCUCAAAUAAAGGUGGUGGAAGUAGAGCGCAUCUUUUAUUAUGUUUUGAGGAAGGCUGAUGAAUCUCUUAUUAUGAAAACGUCUUUACUGCACCAGUUCUUCCAAGGGAAGUUCCCUGCGCAAGGACGAGAUAUUAGUUUUCCUCAGUUUCCUGAUCUGUUUCCACCCGAACUCCAUCCCCAUUCUCGGUCCAAGAACUGGUAUAGGUUUAUCGAGAACCUUUCAUUUAUCCAUAACCCAGAUGUCAGCUAUCUCAACUCUGAGGAUGUUGAAAGGUUCAAGAGGCUAACAGGGCUCAAUGACUUCCUUUUGGAUAGAGACGCAGCAAGGUCGCACAAUUUUUCGGUUCGUAAGGUCCCGCCCAAUGUUGAAUCUACAGAUAAUCAUAAUACAUCAAAUAAAGAGUUCUCUCCUCUU